CGGAUAGAACUUGAGUUUUAUUUUUCAUUAAAAAAUUCGAUCAAAAAAAUUGUGAGAUUAGAGGUCAGCACGCUUACAAGCCAGUGGUUCAAAAAUUGGGACGAGCCAGGCUCAGGCCCAUUAGUACCUGACAGAACACACGUGACCCCAAUCUCUAUUUAAGCAAGAGCAUUCAAUCAUCUCUACCCCAAACGCUGCAUUUCCGUCGAUCUCCGGGUUGAAGAAUAUUUAGCAAACAGAGGUUUCAGAGCUCAACUCGAGACAGUGGCUAUGGCUUUUGCAUCUUGUCUCCAUUCAUCUUACUUGUCGAAUACCUUCCUUCCAAUCCUCCGUCACCGCUCAGCUCUUUCCACCUCCACUAGCCACCUCCAUCGGUUCUGCUCACCCAGCCGGUUCUUCUCUUCUGCAAACCGGUUCAGACUGCCAUUAAUGCAGGUUCAAGUGCAGGCCAAGAGAGGGUUCUCUUUCAAAGAAGAAGUAAUCGCUUCUCCUGCUGAUCUUUCCUUUGAAGCACCACUCAAAAUUGUGGAAUAUCCAGACCCUAUAUUGAGAGCCAAAAACAAGCUUAUCAGUACAUUUGAUGACAAUUUGAAGAAGUUGGUUGAUGAAAUGUUUGAUGUAAUGUACAAAACUGAUGGUAUUGGGCUCUCAGCACCCCAAGUAGGAAUCAAUGUUCAACUCAUGGUUUUUAAUCCGGUUGGUGAACGUGGUGAAGGAGAGGAAAUUGUUCUUGUAAACCCUCGAGUAAACAAAUAUUCAAAAAAAAUUGUUCUCUUUAAUGAAGGUUGCUUGUCCUUUCCGGGGAUCUAUGCUGAUGUAGAGAGACCAGAAUCUGUAAAGAUUGAUGCACGGGACAUCACUGGUGCAAGAUUUAUGAUUAACUUGUCAGGACUUCCUGCACGGGUGUUCCAGCAUGAGUUUGACCAUUUACAGGGUACUCUUUUCUUUGACAGAAUGACCGAAGAAGUUCUUGACAGCAUCCAUGCCAAUCUGCAGGACUUAGAACGGAAGUAUGAAGAUAGGACUGGAUUUCCAAGCCCUGAAAGGAUAGAAACCCGCAAAAGAAGGAAGGUGGCAGCUGGUUUUGGGAAAUCAUGAAUACACAAGCUUCUAAAUGUAUCAGGUUUUAUAUGAGUAUGCUGAGCAGAAGCACAAACUGGGACAAGAACAUUGGAAUGUUGUGGAUACAAUAGAUGAAUAGUAUUAUGUAUUAUUGGUAUUGGAUACCCGGGUAAUAGUUUUUUCUUGUUUAAUGCGAUGCAAUGUUUGUUAGCAAGACUGAAUCUCUUCAGUUAAUACCUCAAAAAGUUUCACACCCACAAUAGUGAAUCAACCUGCUUUGAGCUUGAAGCAGUGACUUCUGGAACUCAUUUGCCCUGGCUCUUUUGACCACAAGCAUUGUUGGUUACUAUAAUGCCCAUUCGAAGCCCAUAAUUGACUUUUGAAUCUUUCAAAAACAUCUGGAAAUGUGAAUGGUAUCCUUUUUGUUUUGGUAAUUUCUUAGAUUCUUCUUAUCUUCUUUGCUUCCUUGACCUAAGAAAUAAAUAAAAAGGAAGGGAAAAAAACAGACAAAGAAGAUAGAGAAGAAGCAUUUGAUGUGCUCCUGCUUUCUCUGGUGUACUCCAAUGUUGGUGAACUUGGGAGAAGAAAAGCAAUAGAUAUGUCCAACUUUUUCUGGUUUAUUCUUUUAGUAUUAGUGAUCCUUUUUCUUUUCUUUAUUACAGGUAUGGGAUUGAAGAUUUGUCUUAAUGAUUCAAGUAUUCAACAAUGAAGAAUUGGCAUAUAAAAUACAUUUCACAUUUUUAUUGACACAUUCUUAAUUACCUAUGCUUUUCCUUGGUAAUACUUAAUUGAUAGCUGCCUAUCGAUGAGAAUUUGAGGGUACUGUUUUGAUUUUAUUUUUGAACCAAUUAAAUAAAAUUUUCUUCCCAACAUUUUCCAUUA